AAGCGGAUAUGGCGAACGUUUACCAGUUCCAACCGGUUUAUAACUUUGGGAGUUUUCCUAACAUUGCAAGCUGGAUCAUACACCGUACGACGUCCAGGUUACUUAUUCACCUAAGGAUUGGCCACCAUUAAUGUCCUUCAUAUGCUUAUUGUGACAAUGAGCACUCUGACUGAGCAUGCCUCCAAACUGUUGGACUUCAACCAGAAGUUGGAUAUUCAGCUUUUGGACAAUGUCGUCACAUGCAUGUAUCAGGGAGAUGGACCUCAGCAACAACGUAUGGCACAAGAUGUACUUACCUCGUUGAAAGAGCAUCCUGAUGCAUGGACAAGGGUAGACACCAUUCUGGAGUUCUCCAGCAAUCAACAAACAAAGUAUUACGCGUUGCAGAUUCUGGAAAAUGUCAUCAAGACGAGAUGGAAGGUGCUACCCAGACCACAGUGUGAAGGUAUCAAGAAAUACAUUGUUGGUCUCAUCAUUAAAACCUCGUCAGAUUCACUGACGUUAGAAAAGGAAAAGGUGUAUCUGGGCAAAUUGAACAUGAUUUUAGUGCAGAUUUUGAAAUAUGAAUGGCCUAGGAAUUGGCCUUCAUUUAUUGGUGAUAUUGUUGGUGCAAGCAAAACAAAUGAAUCUUUGUGUCAAAACAACAUGACUAUCCUCAAACUGCUGAGUGAGGAAGUGUUUGAUUUUUCAAGUGGUCAGAUGACUCAAGCAAAAGCCAAACAUCUCAAAGACACCAUGUGUAGUGAAUUUUCUCAGAUAUUCCAGUUGUGUCAGUUUGUCAUGGAUAACUCUCAAAAUGCACCAUUGGUGGGAUCCACGCUGGAUACACUGUUGAGAUUUCUCAACUGGAUUCCACUCGGGUAUAUCUUUGAGACCAAGCUCAUAACGACGUUAAUUUAUAAGUUUUUAAGUGUUCCCAUGUUUAGAAAUGUUACCAUGAAGUGUUUGACUGAAAUAGCUGGUGUCCAAGUAUCACAAAUAUAUGAUGAACAGUUUCUACAGCUUUUCACACUGGCUAUGAACCAGCUUAAACAGAUGCUGCCAGUGGAUACAAACAUACGUGAAGCGUAUCAACGUGGAACAGACGAUGAACAGAAUUUUAUACAGAACCUCAGCUUGUUUUUGUGUACGUUUUUGAAGGAGCAUGCACAGCUUGUUGAGAAGAAAUCUGAUCUGCAUGUUCUGCUGAUGGAGGCUGUUGGAUACCUAAUAAAAAUCUCAGAAGUUGACGAAGUUGAAAUCUUCAAGAUUUGUCUGGAGUAUUGGAACUCUUUGUCAGCUGAACUGUAUCGGGAGAGUCCGUUCUCAACCAGCACAAGUUCUCUCAUCAUUGGCAAGGCACACACGGAGAUGCCGAUUCGCAGACAGAUGUACAAUCCAGUAUUAACAAAGAUGAGAGUGGUGAUGAUAUCUCGAAUGGCAAAGCCAGAAGAAGUGCUAGUUGUAGAAAAUGACCAGGGCGAGGUUGUUCGGGAAUUCAUGAAAGACACUGAUUCUAUUAACCUUUACAAAAACAUGAGAGAAACAUUAGUGUACUUAACCCAUUUGGAUUACACAGACACGGAGAAUAUCAUGACAGAAAAACUACACAAUCAAGUCAACGGAAGGGAAUGGUCGUGGAAGAACUUGAAUACUUUAUGUUGGGCCAUCGGUUCCAUUAGUGGAGCUAUGCAUGAAGAUGAUGAGAAACGGUUUCUAGUCACUGUAAUUAAAGAUUUGUUAGGUUUGUGUGAACAGAAGCGAGGUAAAGAUAACAAGGCAAUCAUUGCAUCAAACAUCAUGUACGUUGUUGGACAAUAUCCUCGUUUUCUCAGAGCUCACUGGAGGUUUCUCAAAACAGUCGUCAAUAAACUCUUCGAGUUCAUGCAUGAAACUCAUGAUGGUGUGCAAGAUAUGGCUUGUGAUACGUUCAUCAAAAUUGCCCAGAAGUGUAGAAGACAUUUUGUUCAAGUUCAGGUUGGAGAGGUUAUGCCGUUCAUUGAGGAAAUUCUCAAUGGAAUCAACACAAUUAUAUGUGAUCUACAACCACAGCAGGUGCACACAUUUUACGAGGCUGUUGGCUUCAUGAUAAAUGCCCAGACAGACCAGAUUGCCCAGGAGCAUCUCAUAGAACGGUACAUGCUUCUACCAAACCAGGUCUGGGAUGGAAUUAUCAACCAAGCUACACAGAAUGUCGAGGUUCUGAAAGAUCCUGACGCUGUAAAGCAGCUGGGUAACAUUUUAAAGACAAAUGUCAGAGCUUGUAAAGCACUGGGUCAUCCAUAUGUUGUUCAGUUGGGUCGAAUCUAUUUAGACAUGUUGAAUGUGUACAAGGUGAUGAGUGAAAACAUCAGUAGUGCUAUUGCCACCAAUGGCGAGAGCGUCACAAAACAGCCGCUCAUUCGCAGCAUGAGAACAGUGAAGAAAGAAACACUCAAAUUAAUAUCUGGAUGGGUCAGCCGUUCCAGUGAUCCACAGAUGGUUGCAGAAAACUUUAUUCCCCCGUUGUUGGAUGCAGUGUUGUUAGACUAUCAGCGCAAUGUUCCUGCAGCUAGAGAACCAGAAGUACUUAGCACCAUGGCAACCAUUGUUAACAGACUAGAAAACCACAUUGCAAAAGAUAUUCCACAAAUAUUUGAUGCAGUCUUUGAAUGUACACUUACCAUGAUAAAUAAGGACUUUGAAGAAUACCCGGAACACAGAACGAACUUCUUCCUUUUGUUACAAGCUGUGAACUCACACUGUUUUCAAGCAUUGUUGAAUAUUCCAUCAGCACAGUUCAAGCUUGUUCUGGAUUCCAUCAUCUGGGCAUUCAAGCACACGAUGCGAAAUGUGGCUGAUACGGGACUGGACAUCUUGUACGUGUUGUUACAGAAUAUUGCCCAGGAGGAGAAUGCGGCACAGAGCUUCUAUCAGACAUACUUCACCGAUAUCCUUCAGCACUUGUUUUCUGUUGUCACUGACAGCUCACAUACAGCAGGUCUUACAAUGCAAGCUACCAUCCUGGCAUACAUGUUCAAUACACUGGAGGCUGGAAAGAUCACCAUUGACUUGAACGCUACUUCAUCUGGUCAAAAUGUCGCCUACAUACAACAGUUUCUUCUCAAUCUUCUCAAGACAGCUUUCCCCCAUCUAAACGAGCACCAAAUCAAAAUAUUUAUUGAAGGCCUAUUCAGUUUCAAUCAAGACUUUCCAGCUUUCAAGGAACAUCUGAGGGACUUCCUGGUUCAAAUCAGAGAAUUUGCAGGUGAAGAUAUGAAUGACUUAUUUUUGGAAGAAAGAGAAAAUGCUAUUAGGCAAGCCAAUGAUGAAAAACGCAAAAUACAAAUGUCUGUACCUGGUAUUCUUGGCCCUCAUGAAAUUCCAGAAGAGAUGCAAGAUUGAAAUGGAGAAAAAAAAGCAAAAAAUGUUUUUAGAAGACUUAAAAAAAAGACAUGCUGUCUAUAGUAACAUGGGCUUCUGUGUGUGAGAUGACCGAGUGAAAGUGGAUACAAAGGCACUCUGACAUCCAUCCCAACAUGACGCCAGCGGUGUGUUGUCAUGCUAACCAAGUGGAAUAUCAUUAGUAAUGUUACAGCCAGCUGAGUUGCAGGGUCGUGUUGUGUGGCAGCCGGAGGAAUACUGUUGUGCAGCAGACAGAUAAAUAUCAUUAUGGGAUGGGGUUGCAGCAAUGUGCAAUUAUCAUCACUGUGUUGAAGACCGUGGAAUUCAGUUAUUAUGAUGUUGCGUUGCUGACAGGUGAAAUACCAUUUUUGUGUUAAAAUAAGGUGGAACACCGUUAUUGUGUUGUGUUGCAGCAGUGAAAAUUACUGUAAAUGUGAAGAAAAACAAAACAUUUUAACGCAAAAUCAUGUUGAUGCAUUGUAUGACAUUUUUUGAAGUGAAGAAUAAACUAUGACCACAGAUAUUUCAUUUCACUGUAGUUUUUUUGUUUUCUUGUUUUUUAAAUUUUUACUGCCAGAAAAAAAUGUUAUUAUUUUUGAAUGUGAUAUGAGUGUUUAUCUGAUCCUACAUCUGGUGUAUGAAAUAACUAAUUUUGUCAAAGCAUGUUUUGUUGAUAAUAUAAUAUGUUUUGCUUGUGUGCAGAUAGAAAUAUGGUCCAGAGCCUAUUUAAUUUAAGAGAAACCGUAUAGUAAGUUCGAAUGUGAGUGUUUAGUGAGCGUGUGAAUAUUACAAAAAAAAAGCCUAAUAUGUUUCAUCUUUGUCAUCUUUGUCUCAUGUCUCUGAAGAUUCCUGGGAAAAUUGUGUCUUAACGAAUUUAUUGAAAAAGUGUAAAAUGUAUCACUACAGUACAUAUAUGUGUAUUCAGGCUUGAACUUAAUGAUUGCAAUUGCUGUAGCUGCGAUAUGAAUUGUCUCUGCUUGGGGACUUUAAAUAUUAUUACCAUGAAAUGAGGGGAUAGUUUUUGGUUUUUAAUUUUUCCAAAAAAAAAUUCCAGUUGUGGUCGAUUAGUUUAAAUUUUUUUUAUAAGUUUCAUGUUAUGUGCUGUAUCUACAACAAGCAAUGGUAACGUACACUAACAAACAGUUCUUUGUAAGUUUUUUAUAUGCAACAUCAGGGGUAAUUUCACUUUGGGAACCAAUCAAAAUUAAUAUGGAAGUCUUUGUCACAAUGAAACGAAUCAUUCAGUUGUGUUUAUUUGUUGAACAAUUUUAAUGGUUUAAAAUUGCUGUAGGUGAACAUUUUGUCUGCAGCACAAAAGUUUCAAAAUUCCCAUAGAUAAUAAAUACUUAAGUUUGGGCCCUGCAUAUAAGGCAAAAUCGCAAGGCGUGUUAUUUCCUAACAUUAAAUUACAAAAUGUGCAUCUUCAUAGCUUUACAGUACAUACAUUGUUUUUGUUAGCCGACAGUGUGUGUGGUAUCUUCAUAACUGAAUACUGAUGACGGUAGCAUUUCAGAUGUGGUUACAUUAUUUCUAACUGCAGUCCAAAUUUAUUCUUUUGGGUGCCUGAUCAAUCUGCAACUAAUUCUCAUGUUUAGGCCUGACACAAACAAAUCCCUCUUUUAGCGUUAAUUGUUAAUUCUCUUGCUAUAAUUAUGGGGGGGGGGGGGGGGGGGGGGGUUUCCCCCUAUUUAUUUUUAUUAUUAUUUUAAAUUUAAAUUUAAGAUUACCAUAGCUUUUCCUAGCACCAUCAUUCCAGUCUUGUACACAAUUCCAGGAAACUGAUGGUGUUCCCAAGCCAAAUGUGCUUGAACCUUCUGUGGAUGAAAAUGUGUCAAAUGGUUGAUUGAUUGACAGCUCACAACAGGUAAUCAAUAAGGUACUGAAAGUCAAAUGUGCAGAAGUUGAGCAAUGACAAAAAGUAAGCUAACAAAACUUGACAGCUGGCAGUAACGGCCAGAGACUACAUAAAACUUGAUGAAAACUAUUUUGCUAUCAAUAACUGCUGUGGUUUCAGUAACAUAUCAAGUGUCGAGACUGUUCUGACCUUGUGUUUGAAGAUGACUUAUCAUUUGCUUAUUUAUGUGUACAAAUUGUGUUUUUAUCUCCUACACAUUAACUCUUAAUACUUCUGCAUUGCAUUUAUGCAGUGGUGAACAGAAAGUGGUAUGAUGUGCAGGUAAAUAGAAUAUUUCCUAAAAUGACGUAUCACAGGGCCUGCUACCAGGUAUUCUGUCCUCUAGUUUGAAGACAUCAGUAUGUCCUCUGCAAAAUACACCUUUAUCUGUUCUUCGGUGAGCUGAGUAAUUGCCUAUGGUCUGUCCCAUCAUUCUAUAAAAAAAAAAAAUUGUAAAUAAUUGUUGUUUUGUUUGACAUGCGUAGAAAGGUAAGUGUUUUGGAAAUAACAAAAAUACUAUUUUUGUGUGCAAUUUACAAAUCAAUCUGCUCAGAAAUAAAUAACUUGUAGUAAAUUCAUAGUAUAAAAAAGGGUGUUCCUGUGGGAUGGAAUAGUAUAUGAUGUAUGUGGCAACUGAGAUGUGAGGUUUGACCCAUUAUUAUUGCAUUACUACAAAUGAACAGAUUAGCUUUUGGUACAGAAAGUUGACAAUUGCAUGUUUACAGUACUUUAAAAUAGGUUUUUCAUGAAAGGGAACAGCCUUUGGUAUUUAGGGGAGGGGUAAAAAUAUAAUCAAAUAAUUUGUUGCCUGUUGUAAAUCUGGCAGUCCAGGCAUUCAGUUUUUCCAACUCUGCGUGAACGUUUAAGUGCUUAUUCCAUAUGGUUUAUUUUUAACAUUUCAUUUUAUAUUUACAAUUUUUGCAAAAGACCAAAAUUGAAUAAAUAUGAUUGUCCGAUAGCCAGCUGGGCUUAUGGCAUUAAUAAAAAUACUUGCUCAAUUGUAACAUCUGAUUAUUCUGAGCAUUGGGGCACUGCAAUUUUCAAACAACCUUUGAGUGCAUAAGCCACAUUUUUAAACUUGUUUUAUGAUUUUUUUCAGAGACUGAAGAGUUAAUAUAAUAUGUGUGCUUUUAGACAUGGCUAUGUAACAUUGCACAACCCCUGCAUUUGCCCCCGGCAAUACUGUGGACUAUAUUGGAUUUUGUUUUUCCAAGAUGUAUUUUUUCCAUAUUGUUAAAAAUAAAAUAUACUUUGUGAACUGAAAACAGAUUACAAAUAAAUAUUAAAACAGUAACUGCACCAUUAUUACUAAGUAUCUGAAUCUCGGCAACAUCGGGCAUGAUCGAAAAUACAUGUAAAUUACCAGCAUUAAGCGAGUAUCAACUAAGUCAUUGAACUGUUGACUGUUCAUAGCACAUGGAUUGCAGGGGGGUGGGCAGCUUAUACAUUGUUGAACCAUGGCUAUGGUGCAUUACAAGUGUGUUAUUUUUAGUAAAAUGUUCAACAUACACUCCUACGAGUCGCUUGAACUGAGUUGAAAUGUUAUGGUCAGCCUGAUGAGAUAUUUGUAGAUAACAUGAGAUAUUUGUAGAUAACAUAUAUAGAGAGAGGUAGUUCCAAUAGUUUAAUCAAAAUUUCUCUGUCAUUUAUAUUGGCAAAAUAUGCUACCCUUUUCUGGUGCUGAGUGGCCUAAAAAAAACCGAUUUACUUGGUCUUGAAAAGGGGCAUUUGGUCUUGGUGAUAGAUUUUCUAACAAAUUACGCCGUUAUGAAAGAAAAUUAUUUAAAUUCUGUAUCACAUUAAAUAUAUUCUGUCACUUUGAUGUAAUUAAAAUAUAAAGAUUGAACUGGCAUGUCACUGCGGACUGCCUAUGCUGUAUAUGAUAAAUUGUCGUCGCCUUGCAACCCCAUUGUUCUUGAUCGUGCAUGUGUCAUUUGCGUGUUAACUGUAACGUCACUUUUUGUCAACGAAUACCGCCACUGGUAUAAAUAAAUCUUACAGCAUAUUGGCAAACAAAACAAAUAACACUCAUCAUUCAGAUUUACUUACAAUCCAGAGUUGCAAACAUGUUAAUGGUAAAAUUGCUGUGGACACUAUUUUUCUUAAUUGCAGGGGUUGUUGCAUAGUACCUCAUGACAGUGGACAAACUGUUGCCAUAGUUUAUUUUGAACCCACGUAUAGUUUGAUUUACAAGCCAUAUGGUACACAUUUUCAUAUCUGCAUUUGAUAGACCUCAUUACUAGGUCACUUUUUUGUACAUGCCCAGUUUUCAUGUAGAUUUAGUAAAAGACUGAAUGCUUUUUAAAAUUAUUUUUUAUAUCACAGUAUGAAUUUUGCAUUGGUCAUGAUCAUUUUAGUUAUUUUAUUGGUAUACAAUCACCCUUCUACAUGGAUACUUUAGUUUUUUUUUUGUUUUUUUUUUUUAAAUUGGCAGUACUGUUCACAGAAAAAAUGAAGUUUUUUUUUUUUUUUUAAAGUAAACUAACUAGGUGAUUAGAUAGGUUUCCAGUCUUUUUCACUAAUUACUUGCAGGAAUAGUGUGAUCAGAGAAAAUUAUAUUUUUUUAAUGACAAAUGUUUAUAGUCUUUGGAAUAGCUAGGUAAUGACCGGUGCACAUCAGGGGGUCUCGACUGGCUAGCAUAGAGGGAUUGAGUCUUGCUCCCCAGGAUAAUAUAUUUGGGGGGGGGGGGGGGGGGGGGGGAGAUAAAAAUUAUUGAGCAGAAUUCAGGUGCAACUAUAGGUUUGCUAGUUUACUGUUUGGUCAUGUACUGUAUCACUAUGGCACCUUUGUUUUAGCUAUUUGGGGCUUUUGGUGGGUUUUUUGUUGUUUUUUAGAUCUCCACUACUGUAACAAUAAUGGUCUAAAAGGAUUUGUGUUGUUUGAAAAAAGUAUUUAAAAACAUUAAACACUUGUGCAACUAGAACAUUUUUAAAAUUUCAAAAACAAAUAAUGUUCAGUUACAGGGCUUCUGGAUUAUGGUAGUCCCACUCCCAUGGACGGCUAGUGAAAAAAAUAUCUUGUCAAAUGCUGCAUUUAAGUCUUAUUUUGUAAAUAUGAAUAUCCUGCCCCUCUUCUCAUCCUGAAUAUAAUAGUUUUUAAGCUCUAUCUCCCUCUUUUGGUAAUAUAUCUGAUUAUUACUACAUGUAUUAGUAAAAUUGUAUUUAUUUAAAGUAAGGCUAGUGAAUUUUUAAUCAUGGCUAGUAUAUUUUAAAAAUCACUGAUCCCAUGGUUAGUGGAUUUUUAUAAAAUUCUAGAAGCCCUGAAUUACAUACAAGUUGUAACUAAACAUUUUUCAGUGAAAAGUAAGUACAUGUACUUAAUUCAAAAACAAAAACUAAAACGGUGACAUUAAAGAAAUAACACUUGUCAUUGACUUUGCUAUAUACAACUACCUGUACAUGAAGAUAGUAGAGUUUUAAACCAUUGGAUAACAUUGACACCUUGAUUUUUUUCCAUUCUUACACAGUAGUAGUUAUUUUAUAAAUUCUGUAAAUGAGGAAAUGUUAAGAGAAUACAAAUUUUGUAAAUUUAGUGAGGCCAUACAACACACUAAUAUUUCAUGAGACAACAGACUGUUCCGAAAAACAUUUGAUUGAACACACAACCAUGGUUACAUGCUAUUGAAAGUACAGCUAACAGUAAUAGUUGGUACGCACAUUACUGCAAUUUGAUUGAACACACAACCAUGGUUACAUGCUAUUGAAAGUACAGCUAACCGUAAUAGUUGGUACGCACAUUACUGCAAUUUGCUAUUAAAUUUAAGUUGUCUGUAAGCUGCAUAACAUCAGAAUUGAUCAAAAAAUAUUAUCUCAGCUGAUUAUUAUUAUUUAAUUUUUUUGAUACUGUCUGAUAUGACGAACUCGCUAAAAUGUUGUGUUGCUAAUAUGUCAUGUGGAUUUUGCUAAUUAAAAGAUCAUUAAUAUUUUAUGCUUUACAGUUUACUUCUUACAUUCUGAAAUAUUUCAAUAUUAAACAUACAGUACUUGUGGAUUUUGUAAUUUUCAAAAAAUGUAUUGGGUUCUGGUGCCCAAAGCAGUUGUCCAAUAGAAACACCAACUCUGAUAAUAAUCAGGUUUUUUGUGUAAUAUUAUCUUGCUUGCAGGACCAAUUUAGAAUUAACUGUACCCAGUUUAAUAUGUAUAUUUCAGUUUUGACAUGAAAACUGUAAGACAAACACAUUACCUCUUAAUUGUAUUUGGUUGAUGUAUUGUAAAACGUAAAUACCAAUAGUUCUCUUGACUGCUGUAAAUAUUGUUUUGUGACAAGAUUGAAAGUAAAUUUUAUACGGUUUACAUUUAUCUCUUGAUGUGCUAGAAUUGCCCAAAAGUCAUGUUAAUAAACCUUCUCUUUUUAUUAUUGUGUGGUAUUCAUAAUUUUUGCUUGUUUGAAAAUAUUAGUACAAUUUCAGAUAAUUUUGACCUAAAAUAAGAUACAUUAAAAAAAAAAAAAGUCUGCUAAUUAAAAACAAAUAUAUUUUUAGAAUCCUAUGAUUACCGUUAUAUAUUACUGGUUGGUGAAGGAAUAUACUGACCUAUCAGGUUACCAGCUUAGAGUUUUCAAGUAAACAUUACAAAUAAUAAUAGUGGCUAAAUACCCAAUAAUAAUGGUGGCUAAAUACCCAAUAAUAAUGGUUGAAUAUAAAUAUAAUUCAGUAUACAGCCAAAGUGUAAGUGCUUUGUGUAUUUUAUAUAUAAAAGACAACCAAACCGUUUCAGUGUUAAAAUCAGUUAACCCAAAAGGUAUCAAAAUAUGAAAUGUAAGUUAUUAUUUCUAUUAGGAUACAUUUGAAAUUCAUUUGAAUUAUUGUCACUUUAGACAACAAGAAACAAAAAAAAUAUUGAGCUUUAAACAAUAAUAUAAGUGGCUCCUAUGAAAGUUCAUGGAAACUAUAAAUGGAGUCAGUUCAGUAUUUUAAAAAUAAUUUGAAAAUAGUAUUAAUAGUUUUUAUUUUAUUUUAUUUUAUUUCAUAAAGUCAUGCAUUUAAUUACUAGAACCUUACUAAUUGGAGUUGUUUGUGUUUGUUGUUAAGAACAGUUAACCAGCUUUCGAACCACAAAUAUCUUUUUAAACCUUGUUAGCUUUAAAUGCUACACUUUUGCAUACAUAGACCUCAGUUGCAUUCCAAAAUAACAAUAUCAUGUAAAUUGAAUUCUUCAUAUCCAUCGUAAUGGUAAGUUUCUGUUUCAGCACGUUGGAAAUAUUUUUAGUUAAUAUGGAAUUGUGCCAAGUUUGUGCCAUGCUGUUCCAAAGAUGAGACAUGUGUUUGACUUUGGUCUUGCCUUCCACAUAUAGCAGCUUUAAAACACCAGUCAUUAAAUAAAUAUUUAAAUAUU